AUGUUGCGAAGUCUUGCUCUCGCAAGCAUCCUUGCUGGACAAAGGCUACAUGCUACAGCACAACGUGAUGAUGUGGACAACAGUAACCUGGACCCUCUACGUUUUAACGAAGAUGGCACAUUCCAAAUAUGCGUCUUCUCAGACCUUCACUUUGCAGAAGAUGCUUCCUCAAUAGGACCAGAGAAAGACGCCAGGUCUGCACAAGUCAUGGCCGAUGUCAUCGAUGCCGAAUCACCAGACUUGGUCGUUCUAAACGGCGACCUUAUCAACGGAGAAUCGACGUACUCUCACAACAGUACACAUUACAUAGAUCAGAUCGUCGCUCCAAUGGUUGAUCGAAAUCUAACAUGGGCUUCAACAUACGGCAACCAUGAUCAUAAUCGUAACAUCAACGGCACCGGAAUGUUGGAGCGCGAACAUAUGUGGCCCGGAUCAAGAACAGAUUCUAUGGUUCCUGGAAGCGAUGCUGGAACAACCAACUAUUACCUUCCAGUCUAUGGAUCAGACUGCAGCUCAAACUGCACACCUGAACUUAUCCUCUGGUUCUUUGAUAGUCGCGGUGGCUUUUACUACCAAAGUAGCGCCCAGCCCAACUGGGUCCACAAGAGUGUGGUGGAAUGGUUCAACGAGACCAAUGCUGAUCUGGUUGAGGAGUAUGGCAAGGAGAUUCCAUCAUUGGCAUUCACGCACAUUCCUGUUUAUGCCUCACUUCAACUCCAGAAGGAAUCUGGUGUCGACAAGAACAACCAUCCUGGAAUCAACGAUGAAACCGUUAUCCAACAAGGUGACGGAUGGUGCGGCGACGAGAAAGGAGGGUGCUCAUAUGGAGAACAAGACAUACCGCUGAUGCAAGCUUUGAUCUCGACACCUGGUGUCAUUGGUCUCUUUUCCGGACAUGACCAUGCAAACUCUUGGUGCUACAAGUGGGAUUCCAAAGUUGGCGAUAUGGAACUUGAAGGAAACGGCAUUAAUCUUUGUUACGGCCAGCACACCGGCUACGGCGGUUAUGGCGACUGGAUUCGAGGUGGACGACAAAUUGUUGUGACCCAAGAGGGCCUCAAGAAUAACGAAGUCGAUUCGCACAUUCGCCUUGAGUCAAAGGAUGUUGUGGGAAGAAUUUCGCUCAACUCGACAUACAACACUGACUCGUAUGAGGCUACGCCAAAUCAGAAGACAUUCUUAAGCGAUGCGAGCUCUUCUAAUCCGUCUCCUUCACAGCGCCCUGAAUCAUUGGCCGCGCAUUUGGGACUGAAAACUACUUUCAAUUCGCCUUUGGUCGUUUUUGCUGGAGUUCUUGCAUGGGUUAUGCUUUAG